AUGUCUUCGCCGCCGGCCGCGACGGGCCCGCCGCAGACGACAACCGAGUCCCAGUUUCAAGAACAAGACCAACCCGUUCCUCCUCGUGACCCCACAGCCACAAACAACAGCCCACGCGUCUGGUUCAUUUCGUCGGCAUGCUCCCCGCUCGUCGUCCGCCUCAUCCGCCGCCUGCUCGCCCACGGUGACUAUGUCGCGGCCUGUCUGCCGUCGCACGAGCUCGAAGAUCCCAUCCGGAGCCUCGACUUCCGCACCUUGGUCGCAGAAUGCAAGAGCUCCGACCGCGAGGACCGGGCCGGGUGGAGGGACCGCAUCCGCAGCAUCCAGGCCGACGGGCGUAGCAUGGGCCAGUGCGGCGCCGCGGUUGCCGAGGCCAUCGAUAUGUUUGGCCGCAUCGACAUUUUGCUGUGCUGCAACUCGGAGGCCAUCAUCGGCACCGUCGAGGAGCUCGCGGCGUCCCCGGCAGCCCGCAACCUCGUCCAGGACCAGUUCGAGACAAUCUUCUUCUCCCAGGUCAACCUGAUCAAGGCCUGCCUGCCGACGCUGCGGGCUCAGCACAAUGGCCAUGUAAUCCUCCUCACCAGCAUUGGCGGCCACAUUGGCACGCCGGAAAUGUCCAUCAACACGGCCGCCACCUGGGCCAUCGAGGGCUUCUGCGACUCGCUCGCAUACGAGAUUGCCCCGUUCAACAUCCGCCUCACCAUCGUCCAGCCGCACAAAGAGAUCUCCAUGUUGACGAACCGCAUCGUGUUUGCGCCGCCGCUGCGCGCCACGUCCUCGAGAGCUUCCCAGCACAACACGGACGGGCACAUGUCUGUGCCUAGUGUUCGAAGCAUGCUCACACGCGUGCUGAAUCUGGACCCAGAGACCGCACUGCCAUCUCCCUCUGCCGGGAAUGGCGGUGACGACGACGGUGACGACGACAACGACGACGAGGACGAUGAUGAGGGAACCGCCACGGCCGGGACCCCGCCGUCGCACACUUCAUCAGCCGCCGCCUCGCCGCUGUCCGAGUCCGAGAAUACUGCUCAACAAGGACAGCCGUCACAGCAUCAACAGGCCACCUCGUCGUCAAUCUCCUCCUCUUCCUCCUCCUCAGCACCACAACGACAACAAGCUGCACAACCGCAACCACAAACCAACACAAGUCGACCCUCUGGCUCGAAAAGUAGCACCACCACCACCACAAGCAGCAACAGCACAAAUGCCAGCAACACCACCACCGCUUCCGAGAGCAUAAUCUACCGCUACCCGCGCCUCCCCGAGGCAUCGCUCGACACGCUCGUCAACGAGACGGUCACGGCGCUGAUUGCCAUCGGGGGCCACGAGAACCCGCCCGCGAGGCACAUUGUCGGGUUCGAAGGCGCAGAGGCGGUCAAGGAGAAGCUCCGGACUGUGACGGAGGAGCUGGAGGACUUUGUCGAGGCCAGUAUCGCUGUCGACAUCACGGAGUCGGAGGACUUUGGUGGUGGUGGUGGUGGUGGUGGGAGAUUGAGUGUGGGCGGCGUGGGAGGUGCUGGUUUCUCUGAUGAAAGGAGAGGAGGAGGAGGAGGAGGUGGGGGAAUGGGGGCUUCGGUGGGAGCUGGAGGAAGAGCCACAACGGCGGAUGGGAUGAUGGGUGGUUAUGGUGGUGGUGGUGGCGAGCACAUGGACUGGGAUGGAGGGUCGCUUUGGUGA